CCACGGGUGACUUAAAUAAAAAAGUGUGCGAUGAAUAAUGAAGGGGACCUUCCGCAGGAGGAUUCAAGAGAUGAUGGUAAUAAAACUGAAGCCAGCAGGAUAAAUAAAUUAAGAAGAACAAGAAAGAAAGUCACUAAACCACAGAUUUCUUCAACUGAAAUAGGAGAAAUGGAUAUUUCCAGCUCAAAAGAUAACGGCAGGGACAGCAUUCAGAUUCCAACCACACCUCAACUCUCCUCUAGAAUGAAGCACAUUAAACAAGAAAUGGCCAAAAACCACCUUCAGUUUGUGCGAUUUGAAGCAGCAGAUCUCCAUGGGGUGUCCAGGUCUAAGAGUAUCCCUGCCCACUUUUUCCAAGAAAAAGUGACCCAUGGUGUUUUUAUGCCCCGAGGUUAUCUUGAAUUGAUACCGAAUCCUAAGGACAAUGAAGUGGAUCACAUAAGAGCAACAUGUUUUAAUAGUGACAUAGUCCUCAUGCCAGAGUUAUCAACCUUUAGAGUUUUGCCAUGGGCUGAGAGAACAGCGAGAGUGAUAUGUGACACAUUCACUGUGACUGGUAAGCCUCUACUGACGUCCCCCAGGUACAUCGCAAAGCAGCAGCUGGACCAGCUGCAGGACUGUGGCUUUUCCCUGCUCUCUGCCUUCAUCUAUGAUUUUUGCAUUUUUGGUGUCCCCGAAAUUAUCAACUCAAAGACCAUAUCUUUUCCUACUUUAACAUUGCUAAAUAAUCAUGACCAGCCCUUCAUCCAGGAACUCGUGGAUGGUUUGUAUCACACUGGAGCCAAUGUCGAGAGCUUUUCCUCUUCUACCAGGCCUGGUCAGAUGGAAAUCUGUUUUCUGCCCGAAUUUGGCAUCAGUGCAGCUGAUAAUGCGUUUACCCUCAGAACAGGUGUCAAAGAAGUGGCAAGGAAAUACAAUUAUAUCACCAGCUUUUUCAUUGAGACUGGAAUCUGCAAUUCAGGAAUUCUGUCUCAUAGUCUCUGGGAUCUCGGUGGGAAGAGAAACAUGUUCUGCAGCAGUUCUGGAUCGGAGCAGCUCACAGUCACUGGGAAAAAAUGGUUGGCAGGACUCUUGAAGCACUGUGCUGCUCUCAGCUGCCUGAUGGCUCCUGCUGUGAGCUGCCGAAAACGUUAUUCUAAGGAGAGGAAAGACCAGAAGGAGAGUAUGCCUACAACAUGGGGAUAUAACGAUAACAGCUGUGCUUUUAAUAUCAAGUGUCAUGGGGAGAGAGGCACCCGGAUAGAAAAUAAACUGGGUUCAGCAACAGCAAACCCUUACCUGGUGCUGGCCGCGACUGUUGCUGCAGGCUUGGAUGGACUUCAAAGCAGUGAUGGUGCUUUGGCUGGUCCAGAUGACAGCACAGAGCUGUAUCAGUCAAAGCCUUCAGAGAUCCCUUUGAAACUGGAAGACGCGCUUGUGGCACUGGAGGAAGAUCAGUAUCUGAGACACGCUCUAGGAGAAACCUUUAUUCGCUAUUUUGUUGCCAUGAAGAAAUAUGAGUUGGAAAAUGAAGAAACGGAUGCCGAGAGAAAUAAAUUCUUGGAGUAUUUUAUUUAGAAUGGAACCCCUAACUAUUCCUUUAGAGAUGUGAUUUUUACUUAAGUAGCUGAUCUAUCAGAAGGAAAAGAAUUGGACUUUUAUAAUUAACAGCAAGAACAUUACACAUGCUUUCAUUCUUUUCUGUCC